AUGUAUAAACUGCUGGGAACAAGUCCUGCCCUUCCCCCCUCUAAUGUUGCAGCCAGGAGGCUAGGGUGCACACCUGUCCCCAGUUACAAUCAGCGGGAGCGCAGGAGCCGGUAUAAGGAGCAGAAAGCAGGCAGACUGGGUGUGGAGAGUGGGGAGUGCAGACGGCAUGGUGAGCUGGGUGAAACGACAGUGCAGCAAGCGAUAAGUCUGAACCUUGUGGAGAUCAAACAGUCGGUUGGCCUCAGUGAGGAAGAUGCAGACAGAGAGAAAGCAGAAGGUGUUCAGGUCUUCACUUCUCUGAAGGAGUUUGAGAGAGGCCUGAAGGAGCUCAUCGACACCAUCGAAGAGAAGCAGAGAACAACAGAGCAACAGGCUGAAGGCUUCAUCAAAGAGCUGGAACAGGAAAUCUCUGAGCUGAUCAAGAGAAGGACUGAGGUGGAGCAGCUCUCACGCUCUGAAGACCACCUCCAUCUUCUCCAGAGUGUCCAGUGCCUGAACAUCCACCCUCCACCCACCAAGGACUGGACCAAGAUCAGCGUCCAUCCACCUUCAUAUGAGGGGACUGUGGUGAGAGCUGUGGCUCAGCAGACGGAGAAAAUCACUAACCAGAUGCAGAAGCUGCUCACCGUAACUGAGCUGAAGAGGGUCCAGCAGUAUGCAGUGGAUGUGACUCUUGAUCCUGAUACAGCACAUCCUAAACUCAUCCUGUCUGAUGAUGGGAAACAAGUGUAUGAUAGUGAUGUGAAGAAGAAUCUUCCAGACAAUCCAAAGAGAUUUUUUGGUUGUAUCUGUGUUUUAGGAAAGCAGAGUUUCUCUUCAGGCAGAUUUUACUUUGAGGUUCAGGUUAAAGGAAAGACUGACUGGGAUCUAGGUGUGGCCAGAGAGUCGAUCAACAGGAAAGGAGACAUUAAACUAAGCCCUAUGAAGGGUUACUGGACUAUUUGGUUGAGAAAUGGAAAUCAGUACAGUGCUCUUGCUGACCCUUCAGUCCGUCUCUCUCUGAAGUCUCGGCCACAGAAGGUGGGGGUGUUUGUGGAUUAUGAGGAGGGUCUGGUCUCCUUUUAUGACGUAGAUGCUGCAGCUCUUAUCUACUCCUUUACUGGCUGCUGCUUCACUGACAAACUCUUACCAUACGUCGGUCCCUGUAAUAAUGAUGGUGGUAAAAACUCUGCCCCUCUGAUCAUCUCUCCUGUCAGAGUAAACUAA